AUGCUGGAGAAAACUCUUUCGGGGCCCCCUACUGCUGAAGUAGCCCUGAUAGCCCAUCCACAAUCUUCAGCUAGUGGGGAAACCUCGAUUGUCAUUUUGGGGUCUGCAUUAUCCGGAGAUUCCUCUAGGGAACUACAAGCAAGUAUACCUGAUUCGGCGAAUGUUCUCAAUGAAGAUGAGGUUAGAAUUAAUGGUUCCAAAUCACAGAAUUUGCCACCUACAACGAUUGCAUCUACUUCUAUACUGAAUAUUAAAACAGAAGAAAAUGUCGAGCAAAAAGGAACCCCACGAACGAGAAAACCUCGACCUAGCGCAGGCUAUAUUCAAUUGUACAAGCAUUACACCGAAAAAUUCUUUGAUCUAGAAUACUUGGAACGAAGCAAAAAGAGCAGUCUAAAACCGAGCAAAAUCACAACACAACGGGCAUUCUAUUUCCCGCGUCAUCGAACUGAAAAAUUCGUCUCCAAGCCAGAUAAUUCAAUUGAUCCAGAAUUGGAAAGUCUCGAUCCAGAGAAUAAGGGAGGUAUGAAAGAAUAUGACAUCUCCAGUUUACCUGGCUCGUGGUGGACAUCGAAUGAGAAGGAUAUUUUCUUUCGGUGUUUAGCUCGAUUUACAAUUCAUAGAAUCGAAGAAUUUCGGCGCUAUAUUCCUGGAAAGACCGAACCAGAAAUCAUGAUGUAUUAUAACCUACUAAAACGAGAGCUUGCUCGCGUUAAACGAACGAAACGAGUAGAGGUGACGUUUGAAGAUUAUCCUCGAGCUGAGUCAGAUGCAUCUUAUUCUGUUACUCAUACAUACGAAAGCAGGUCUUUUCGUGGAGCUAGCUACUCUAAUCUUCCAAUAGCCCACGAACUGAGCGAAGAAUGGAUUGAAUAUGAAGACUACCAAAGUUCUCUUCUUGGUCCAGUAACUGAUGCCCAUCAAAAUAGAAAAGAGUUGGCCAAACGAAAUAGAAUCUUGGAGGAAACUGGGAAACACCUCGAGAAAGCCAAGGAAGAAGGCGAUCUUACAUUAAUUUAUCAAGCCAACGCGCUUCAACUUUCCCAAAUAUUCAGGAAAAACAGCAUUUACCCAUGUACAUCAAUUGCAAAAGCACGGCUGGUAAACGCCGAUGUACUAUUGUUACUUGAUGAAUUCGUACGCCAGAAAGUUCGAGAGAUUAUCGGUACCAUCAUUGCAGCAAAGGCUUCUGGAAAACGUGAAGAAGCUUCAAGCGCCACCACAAUAACUUCUAAGGAAGUGAUUUGGGCAUGCGACAUGCUCAAGAUGUUUGAAACACCAAAGAGCGGCACAUACUCAAAGGGCCGAGAUGGGAAGACGCCAAGUCUAGAGACAUACUGGCAAAACAUUGCUCUGUCCUUGGGACUAAAUAUUGACAGCGAAGGCGAGAAUGUUACAUUACCAGAUUCAAAUCGAAUAGAAACCUGCGAGAAACUAUCCCAGCAGAGGUAUCCACCGUUUCACAUCUCUGUUACCAAAAGGAACAUGUCUUCGGAACAUUGCUGUCCAGAAUAUGAUAUUUGGAGUGUGGAUUUUACUUCUCGUGGUGUAAUUACUGACACUGAUCAUGAGAAUAGUUCCCUGGAGACAGACGGUGAAAAGAAUUUGCAAAGUAUUAAGUGGCAAGAUCUUCCAGUGGCACAAACACUUCCUAAGAAAAGAGGUUUCGAGGAUGUUUUGGUAGAGGAAAUGUGUUUUGUUCAAGAAACUUCUGCACUCAAAAUCAGUGAUUCACAAAGAGAUACGAAGCAGUUAGCAGAUGAUUUGAGCUUUUUUACUGACGAUGAAAGGCCGCCAGCUGUAUAUCCACGCGAGGUUAUUGACAUGGAUGAACUUUACAACAUUCGCCUUUGGGGACUCACUAAUAUCGAGAAGCUUUGUCCGCAGAAGUUGCGUGAUGUCUGGGACCAUUCUUUUUCCGAGUAUUGA